AUGCCUUCCCUUCAUCAAGUCUUCGCAGCAAGCGCCAUCCUUCUGGCACUUCCACUCUCCCAAAACGUCCUCACGAACGCCUAUCCAAGUGCCUGGCGCCCUCAGCCGCAAGUCUACAAUGAGGAUGCGAUGCUAUCCGUACCUCACGAGGAUCCACUGCCUGCAUUGCUCCUCUCCCGAGACGUGCCCGCGGUAGUGGUCGACAUCAACGAACGAGAAGCCAAUCCUGCUCCGAAGCCAGAUGCCACCGAGGACAAACGAGCUGCCAGACCUCAGGCCACGGAUCCCUCCAUCGGCGACAAAGCUGGCCAUGGUGGAGGCAAACGUGAAGCCGAUCCUGCUCCAAGGCCAGAUGCUACCGAGGGCAAACGAGCUGCUGGACCGCAACCCACAGAGGAUCCCACGACCGGCGACAAAGCUGGUCAUGGUGGAGGCAAACGUGAAGCCGAUCCUGCUUCAAGGCCAGAUGCUACCGAAGGCAAACGCGCUGCCGGACCGCAACCCACAGAGGAUCCCGCGACCGGCGACAAAGCUGGUCAUGGUGGAGGCAAACGUGAAGCCGAUCCUGCUCCAAGGCCAGAUGCUACCGAAGGCAAACGCGCUGCCGGACCGCAACCCACGGAGGAUCCCGCGACCGGCGACAAAGCUGGCCAUGGUGGAGGCAAACGUGAAGCCGAGCCCUUGCCAGAGUCAGAUGCCAUCGAGGGCAAACGAGCUGCCGAACCUGAGAGCACGCAGUGA